UUUGAACUUUGGCCUGUAGGAAGCCCAUCAAAAAGACUGCACGUUGACGACUUUAACAAUUGUUUCAGUCUGGGUUAUAUUGCUUAAUAAUUUGAAUAAAUUGUACUAUUGUCAAUCUUGUAUUUUAGCAGUAAAAUUUUUUGAUUUUGACAUGAAGCACAUACGCACCAAAUUAAAAGAUAGUGAUAUUCAAAAACUAUUUUAUAAGCGUUAUGGAACAUAUAAUCCAUUACCAAAGCUUCCAUCUAUUGACUUUACUCCUCCAAUUUAUAAGGGUCCAUCCUAUGAAAAAGCACAGUCAAUGCAGGCUGAAAAUGUAUUUCCCCAGAGGCAAAUGUACGAAGAACCUUUAUUAUUACAUUCAGGAAAAAUGCAGUGGUUGUUUGAUUAUACCGGUAAACGAUAUUUGGAUAUGUUUGGUGGUAUUGCAACCAUAAGCGUUGGACACUGUCAUCCACGUGUAACUGAUGCAAUAAUCAAGCAGACACGUAUGUUAAAUCACGUAUCUUGUGUUUAUGAACAUCCAAAAUUGUAUGAAUAUGUGGAAAAAUUGGUAUCGACCAUGCCAAAUCACAUUAACACUGUGUAUUUGGUUAAUAGUGGUUCUGAAGCAAACCAGUUAGCAUUACAAUUGGCUCGUUUAUAUACUGGCAAUCAAGAUAUAAUAUCAAUCCAAAAUUGUUACCAUGGAGUAUCAGGAACUUUGCAUGGACUCACUGCACUAUCAGCAACUAGAUAUAACCAACCUGUGGAACAUUCGAUACAUCAUACUAUGUGUCCAGAUGUGUUCAAAGGAAUUUGGGGAGGAAAAAAUUGCCGAGACUCACCAGCACAGACUCAACGGGCUUGUAAAUGCAGUCAAAAUCAUUGUUUUGCUGCAGAUAAAUAUUACGAGCAGUUGGAAGAUCUUUUUACCUACUCGCUUCCUCGAGGAAAUAUAGCUGGUUUUUUUGCUGAAUCUAUUCAAGGCGUUGGUGGAGUAGUUCAAUUUCCUAAAGGUUAUUUAAGUAAAGUUUACGAGUUGGUAAAGACUAACGGUGGUUUAUGUAUAGCCGACGAAGUACAGACAGGUUUUGGAAGGACUGGAGAACAUUUUUGGAAUUUUCAAUCACAUGGAGUCACACCAGAUAUAGUUGUUAUGGCCAAGGGUAUCGCCAAUGGAUUUCCUAUGGCAGCUGUAGCUACUACGUCGGACAUAGCUAAGUCAUUAAACCCAGGAUUUCACUUUAAUACAUUUGGUGGAAAUCCAGUAGCAUGCGCUGUAGGGAUUUCAGUAUUAGAAGUGAUAGAGGAUGAAAAACUACAACAAAAUAGUUUAGAAGUCGGCACGUACUUUAUAGAAAAACUGUGUGGGAUGAGACGUGAAUGGUCAAUCAUAGGGGAUGUUCGGGGUAAAGGUCUCAUGGUAGGAGUGGAACUAGUUGAAGUCAAACAAGAUGAGAGCGAUAACAAAGUUCACACUAUGCCUUUGAACUCUAGAGCUAUUACUCACAUAAAAAACGAUUGUUCUAAAAUGGGGCUUUUAUUAGGAAUUGGCGGAGCUCGAUCAAAUGUAUUGCGAUUCAUGCCUCCUAUGUGUAUAACAAAAGACGAUGUGGAUUUUACUAUAGUUGUUCUAAGGCGAGCUAUGCAAAAUUAUUAUGAAGCAAAAUAUCGUAAUAAUAUUUAAGUAUUUAU